AUGGGUGGUUGUGUUGCACUGUCACGGGUGCAAGCGCAAGAAGACUCUAUGGAUGGAAUCGCCAGUUUGGAGAAGCAGAUUGAAGUGAGCAAGAUCCUGAAGACCUGCCUGCCCUUCCUAUAAAACGCCAGGGUGAGCUGGCAUGCUGACCCUCUUGAUAUAAACCCACUAAGGCCGUUACACUGUAUGUCAUAUGAUGAGAUGUCUGGUCGAUGGCCUUACUGAAGGGGGCUUCAUAUAUUGGUGGCCCUGUUGCGGAAGUGCAGGUAGAUGGGUAGGUAAUCAGCGAGGGAAAGAAUAAUGUAGGUAGAGCCAGGAGACACUACUGGAUAGUUGACAUGUAGGAUGUUGCCCGCUAAAAGGCCCUCUUUGAGCAAGUUAAUUACAGGAGCUGGCCGUCAUUAAGGAUGGUCAGAAAAAAGUGGAUAGCGCCAGGUAGCACAGUAGUGACGGACGAUUGGAAGGCCUAGGCACGCCUGCCGUCUGAAGAUGAUCGGUACCUGAACGUGAAUCUUUCCGUAAACUUUAAGGAGUUCACAAGCGGCGGGCGCACUAAUGGGAAGGUGGACCGGUGUCCGGUAGGGCUGUCUGGGCUCAUAUUGAUGAAGUCCAAUACUGUCUCUGGUUCGGCGAAAAGGCGGGCAAUCUGGCCGAUAGCUGAAAUAUCUUCCUCCGCCGUAUCGUGGGUGCAUGUUCAGUGUGCACAGGCAUCGCGAGAAACAUAACGAGGAGCCCGCAGUGCCCAGCCGAACAAGGAACCAACGCUGCCAAAGGAGACAAUGAAGGGCAGGGGUAAAGCCAAUGGGAAACGGACAGGACUCUCAAGUGGGCUAACAAUCCCAGUGAGAGUUGGAUAUCCCAGGCAGUAACCAACUCCUCGUAAGGUAAUCGUUGCCCACUAACUAUGCCAAUGCUAUACAAACCACUCUCUCUGAUUUGCGUUUUAUGCUGACUUAUGCGUGUAGAGUGGGAAAGCAUGCUGCGAGUUAAACUCAGUGGGAACAAAUACAGGACUACUCACAUGAUAGUAGUAGUAGAACGUGGGAACUGAACAAGGACGGCUCGAGGGCCGCACUCUGAUACGUCACCAAAAUGCAAAUGUUUGCUUAAAGCAUAUGCAGCUCCCCCAGCACGGAUUUCGUGACCAUCAUUUCAAGUGUAAUUGUAGCCUAUAACAGAGUAUUUAGAGUCAGCUACGAAAGGAGUUGCCCCUGUCUCAGUUAUUCUAAUCAUAUCUGAAGCUGGGCGAACACAAGAGUCCAAAGCAAUGGCAUCCUAUUUAACAAGGAUCUGACAUUUCUGUCCAAAUAUAGUGCCCAAAGGUUCAUACUUAAAACUAUAUCAUAAAUACGGUCCUCGAACUCCCUGGAUCAGAAGACUCCUAAAUGGUAUACAUUUCCUAUUCAGGACCACACACAACCAAGAGACUCUGCAAAUUAAUUUACUAACAAACCAAAACACGCCCCGAAACAUUAGAAAUAACGAAGAUUUUAUAAGGAUCCCCAAAUUCAAAAAGACUCAACGAUCGAAUUCCUACUCCAUAAGGUAUGCGGUUAUCUGCAGAUAGCAAGAAAUCCUCCAAGGGGUCAGGCUUGCCAGAACCUGAGAAAACGCCGACAACGAAAGGUUGGCCAACACUCGGUCGGCUAACACGACUAAUUGUAGGCCCACAGGCUUUGACUGGAACCCUUGAAAACCUUCAUUCCGUCAAUAUGCAAUUGAACGCAUAUUUCCAGAAUUCUGGUUGCGGCCGACGGCGCGGCUCGUCCAGCAGACCUUCCCAAGGCCCAAACGGACAUAGAACCCGUUUCUCAGGGGCUUGUUAAUGCAUGAUCGAGGGGUUUUUAAUAGUGUCCGCGGGUCUUUGGGUACGUCUGGAUGGUAAGGCCGUAGCGUAUUGAACAGCUGCUUUGUUACGGAAAGUGGCAGUUGCACGUCAAGGCAGAAUUCUUGCAAAUCCACCAGAAAACAAUUGCCUCUCACUGGGUUUGUGCUAACCGCCUCCUCAGCUGCCUCUAUACCCAUUGUUUGGCUGCACGCCUAAAGAACCUACCCGUAGGAAUUUUUUGACUCAAAAUAGGCAUUUGCCUUUUAGGCGAAUCAUCUGCUACCGUGUAUGAUGUUGAUGGGACAGCGCACUCAGGUUCAUCAAAGGCGGCAUAGUAUGCCCGCAUUUCCCGCUUAAUGCUUUUGUAGAUGGUGCUCCGGUGGUAUCCGAGGUAAUUACACCUCACUAGAAACGUAUAUAUAUAUAGUUUAUUCCCAUGGAUAACAGAAAAGUAAUGUAUAAUGGAUUUACGCGAACUAUAAACUUGCAGACUUUCACCAGAGUUACCAUUCAGCUAUUAAACCUAACUGGCGCCACAGAACUCUAAAAAUAAAAUAAUAAUCACAAUAAUUAGAGUUUACAAACAUAAAAGACAUCGAAAGUAUUUGGUUUUACGUACCCCUGUUGCAACAACUGUUCGAAAUGAAAAGUUGAUCGCAGGACAAAGAGUGUUCACCAAUUAGCUGACUCAGCAGCUUAGUGCUCUGCAUGUGAUCUAAUUAAACAAAGCCCCGUUUUUAAUUAUCGAUGGAAGGACUACUCGAGAAGGCCUCAACGACAAAUUUAUACGCAACUGAUCAAUUUUCAAGACUAUUUCGCUUAUGUUUGCAGUAAAGUGGAUUUUUGUACCGGGUAUAUCACUUCUCUCUAAUUCAUUAGACAUGCAUUAAAUCAUGGGGGCAUGUUCUUUACCAGCACAUCCAAGCCACAACUACGGAGGGGCCACGUGCUGGCAGGGUGAGUGCCCUCCCAGGUUCUAUUCGCAAAAGUCGAAACCUAACUGAAUGAGACGCUGCAUUUUCCAAGUUCAUUCUUUGAUAUAAGAUCUGGUCCAAAGGGUCUCUGAUGAUGCCAGCUACUUGAAUAACACCGGAACAUAACCUCGGAAAACAAUCAAAUUCAAGAUAGACGGCAUUAAUCAGUUAACUCACUAGGCACUAGAGACCCUUAAACAGCUAAUAUCAGCAUACCUUUCGAUAAAUCCCUACACAUUCGCUGUGCAUAAGACUAUAUUGAGACCAUAUCAAACUUAUAUAAAACUCUAUAUGAUCAUAUUAAACAGUCGAGCAAUAUUUCCAUAAUAUCACAUUAUCAGGAACUGUAAGAUACCUGACUUACUAUUAUUUUGAUAUCUUCGAUUGUGACUUACCACUGAAUGUUCUUUGCUCCUGAUAUAUAUUCGCCCUUUCCGGUUGCUAGUCCAGACAACUAGGACAAACAUUCUGGGAAACACAAACGUAAUGUAGAAAGCUCUAGAAAGCCAACCCAUGCGCUUCCAUAUUGUAAAAAGUUCCAGAAGGCGUGCCCCUAACCCCUGUAGGGGCGCGCUCGCCGAAUUUUCCUCUAUUUCUAUGACGGGUACUUAGUCACAAUUUGCACAUAAUACACUAUUAUAACCAUGAAUUAAUGGAAUUACUCCUGGCUUAAGUUUGUUUAACCUUUCGUCCUAAAAUUAGCCCCACCCAAUCACAUUGGCGGACUCAACCUUGACGCUUAGAGAGGCUACAAAUACGGGGUAGGAUUAACCUCCGACGACCCCGUGGCAAGCCUCCGUUCCUCAGACGAGGGACAUCCGUCGCCGUCUUCACCGAAUCCCUGCGUUCUCCGCCGCUCCCUGUGGACAGCCCUCCCAAUCCCAGUUUAUUUUCGUAAUUAGAUCCCUUCCUUAGUUUCUUCUUGUACAUAGGUCUUCUAGUGCACAAAACCAGCUGCUAGUUUCUGUAUUGUCGAUCGGGAAAUUACAAAUUGAUGGCAACGGUGGCCGACAUACCUGGCAAGCUGGUGGACAAAUUGGUCAAGGAGCUUAAAAAGCUGGGUUUGUCACAGCCGUGCGCACCCAUGCCGGAGAAACUCUCGCGGGUUGUCGACUUCAGGCGACGGGAGUCGCGUGUUAAGGACUACCUUCGGGGGUUAAAGCUCAGUCACAAAGCGAAACCAUUAUGGCCUUGUUGGAUGACGAAAUCUACGACCUCGCCCGCUCAUGAGAUAUCUCUGCCUCCCUGUCGGCGACGGGCAUCCUGGAACGCCUGUGUGCGAUUCUCGGUGCGUCUGUGCACCCUUUUAUUCUGUAGUCUGAGUUCCGCGGCCGCGUCCAGCAGCCGGGUGAACGAGUCCUUGACUGCCAGCAGGCCCUUCGUCUCCCCGGGCGGGGGGCUUUUCCUACCAUGGAUGUCACAGACCUUAGUCGGCGGGUGCUGGAGCAUUUCAUCGCUGGUGUCGGGGACCCUGGAUUCCGGAAGGUCCUGAUGCGGGAGCAACAGGCCACCCGUGACAAGACCCUUGACCUCGCACGUCAAGAGGAAGCACUGCAGGCAGCCUGCGAGUGA